AUGGGUGCCUCACUUCCCACAAGUUUCUCUUCUAAUCAAGUUACUUGUUCAAUUUGCUACUUUAACACUGCAUGGCUGGGUGCUGCAUGGCUGGGUGCAGCAUGGCUGGGUGCUGCAUGGCUGGAUGCAGCAUGGCUGGGUGCUGGAUGGCUGGGUGCUGCAUGGCUGGGUGCAGCAUGGCUGGGUGCUGCAUGGCUGGGUGCAGCAUGGCUGGGUGCUGCAUGGCUGGGUGCUGCAUGGCUGGGUGCAGCAUGGCUGGGUGCAGCAUGGCUGGGUGCUGCAUGGCUGGGUGCUGGAUGGCUGGGUGCUGCAUGGCUGGGUGCAGCAUGGCUGGGUGCUGCAUGGCUGGGUGCAGCAUGGCUGGGUGCAGCAUGGCUGGAUGCAGCAUGGCUGGGUGCUGGAUGGCUGGGUGCUGCAUGGCUGGGUGCAGCAUGGCUGGGUGCUGCAUGGCUGGGUGCAGCAUGGCUGGGUGCUGCAUGGCUGGGUGCUGCAUGGCUGGGUGCAGCAUGGCUGGGUGCAGCAUGGCUGGGUGCUGCAUGGCUGGGUGCUGCAUGGCUGGGUGCUGCAUGGCUGGGUGCUGCAUGGCUGGGUGCUGCAUGGCUGGGUGCUGCAUGGCUGGGUGCAGCAUGGCUGGGUGCAGCAUGGCUGGGUGCUGCAUGGCUGGGUGCAGCAUGGCUGGGUGCUGCAUGGCUGGGUGCUGCAUGGCUGGGUGCAGCAUGGCUGGGUGCAGCAUGGCUGGGUGCAGCAUGGCUGGGUGCUGCAUGGCUGGGUGCUGCAUGGCUGGGUGCAGCAUGGCUGGGUGCUGCAUGGCUGGGUGCAGCAUGGCUGGGUGCAGCAUGGCUGGGUGCUGCAUGGCUGGGUGCAGCAUGGCUGGGUGCUGCAUGGCUGGGUGCUGCAUGGCUGGGUGCAGCAUGGCUGGGUGCUGCAUGGCUGGGUGCAGCAUGGCUGGGUGCUGCAUGGCUGGGUGCUGCAUGGCUGGGUGCUGCAUGGCUGGGUGCAGCAUGGCUGGGUGCUGCAUGGCUGGGUGCAGCAUGGCUGGGUGCUGCAUGGCUGGGUGCUGCAUGGCUGGGUGCAGCAUGGCUGGGUGCAGCAUGGCUGGGUGCUGCAUGGCUGGGUGCUGCAUGGCUGGAUUCAUUCCCUUGCCUACUCCUACACUUCUUCUCGUUUCCUCUAACCCUUCCAAGUUCCACCCCUCCUUUCCGUGCACCUUCCUCACCACCCUUCCCUCCAUUCUGCGCCUCUCACUCACCUGUCAAUCCUUGCUCAACGCUGCGCCUUCCACAUGCUGCCAUGUGGCACGAGACUAGUGGAUGCGCAAGGAGCGGACGGGGAAAUGUGGAAGAGGCGGUGCAGGUGGGCAACAAGGUGGAGGCGGUGCAGGUGGGCAACAAGGUGGAGGCGGCGCAGGUGGGCAACAAGGUGGGGGCGGUGCAGGUGGGCAACAAGGUGGAGGCGGUGCAGGUGGGCAACAAGGUGGAGGCGGUGCAGGUGGGCAACAAGGUGGAGGCGGUGCAGGUGGGCAACAAGGUGGAGGCGGUGCAGGUGGGCAACAAGGUGGGGGCGGUGCAGGUGGGCAACAAGGUGGGGGCGGUGCAGGUGGGCAACAAGGUGGAGGCGGUGCAGGUGGACAACAAGGUGGGGGCGGUGCAGGUGGGCAACAAGGUGGAGGCGGUGCAGGUGGACAACAAGGUGAGGGCGGUGCAGGUGGGCAACAAGGUGGAGGCGGUGCAGGUGGGCAACAAGGUGGGGGCGGUGCAGGUGGGCAACAAGGUGGGGGCGGUGCAGGUGGGCAAAAAGGUGGGGGCGGUGCAGGUGGGCAACAAGGUGGGGGCGGUGCAGGUGGGCAACAAGGUGGGGGCGGUGCAGGUGGGCAACAAGGUGGAGGCGGUGCAGGUGGGCAACAAGGUGUGGGCGGUGCAGGUGGGCAACAAGGUGGAGGCGGUGCAGGUGGGCAACAAGGUGGGGGCGGUGCAGGUGGGCAACAAGGUGGGGGCGGUGCAGGUGGGCGAGCCAAGGUGCAGAUGA